UAAUACGCGCAUCCACAGGUCAGUGGAGCAAUACAACAUGCCUCCAUUUGAAACCGCUCAACACCCCAAACCUUUCAAACAGAGGAAGAGUUUAGAUUACCAACCAGCUACGAGGAAACACGAGGUGGCUGGAAUCAGAACUAAAUUUCCGACCAAAAUCCCGGUGAUUAUUGAGCGAUAUCAAAGAGAGAAGUACUUACCGCCUCUGGAUAAGACAAAGUUCCUCGUGCCGCAAGAACUCACUAUGACACAGUUCGUCACCAUCAUCAGGAAUCGAAUGACCAUGAUGCCCAAUCAAGCGUUUUACCUGCUGAUCAACAACUCCGGCAUCGCCAGCAUGUCUCUGACCAUGGCUCAGCUCUACAAGGACCAUAAAGAUGAAGAUGGGUUUCUGUAUAUGACCUACGCCUCUCAGGAGAUGUUUGGACACUGUGAGGCUUAUAAUAACAGGUGAUUCGUUCAGAUGAGGGCUUGUCCAUUUACUUUACUUCACUGAACUGUGAUGAUAUUUAAGACUUUGUAUAUAGUGUUAACUUUUUAGGUAUUUAGAUUUACUUAUCUUUCUAAUGUAUGUUUUAAUUGUCUGUGUAAUAAAUCUUGAGUACGUGCAUUGGUCGCUAGAGGGAGACUUCUGUUCAUUCAUGUUCUGCAGAAACGUCCUCCAAUAUGCCUGAGAAAUAAAAUUGUCAGUCUUUCUUUGGUUAAUCAUGUGGUGAUUUAAAAAAAAAAAUAAAGGAUUCAUGUUUGAUACCAAA